UCCAUAUGCCCUACGAAUCAUCUUCUAAUCCUUCAUUUCCAUGACUGGUUAUUUCUACAUCUUUAGUGUGGUCCUUGGAAGCUCAUGGGUCAGGAAAAUAAAAACCAGACAUGGGUGAGUGAGUUCAUUCUGCUGGGGAUUUCCAGUGAUUGGGGCAUUCAGGUAUCCCUCUUCGCCCUGAUCCUGGCCAUGUAUUUGGUGACUAUUGUAGGAAACACCCUCAUUCUUCUUUUGAUCAGACUGGACAACGGGCUUCAUACCCCCAUGUACUUCUCCCUUAGUGUUCUGUCAUUUGUGGACUUUUGUUAUACAAAGAGUAUUGUCCCACAAAUGCUGUCCCACUUGCUCUCAGCCCGAAAGUCCAUCCCAUUCUACAGUUGUGUGCUCCAGCUCUAUGUUUCUCUGGCAUUGUGUGGGUCUGAGUUCUUCCUGCUGGGGGCCAUGGCCUAUGAUCGCUACGUGGCCGCGUGCCACCCACUGCACUACACGGUCAUCAUGCAUGGAGGGCUGUGCCUGGGGCUGGCGGCUGGCCGCCUGGUGGCUGGCUUCUCAAAUUCACUGAUGGAAACAAUUAUCACCUUCCAGCUUCCCCUGUGUCACAGUGUUAUCAAUCACUUUGUCUGUGAGACCUUAGCAGUGCUACAGCUAGCCUGUGUGGACGUCCCCUUCAACAAGGUCAUGGUGGCCAUCUCAGGGUUUCUGGUGAUCUUGCUUCCCUGUUCCCUGGUUCUAUUCUCCUAUGCUUGCAUAGUUGCCACCAUUUUGCGCAUUCGUUCUACCCAGGAACGCCGCAAAGCCUUUGGGACCUGUGCCUCUCACCUCACUGUGGUUUGCAUGUGCUUUGGGGCUACCAUCUUCACCUACCUGGGGCCACAGUCGGCCUCCUCAGCAGAGGAAGAGAAGAUGAUUGCUCUCUUCUAUGGAGUGGUGUCACCCAUGUUGAACCCCUUGAUCUACAGCUUGAGGAAUAAGGAAGUUAUGGCUGCUGUCCGGAAAGUUUUAGAAAGAUGCAGAUAA